AUGGAGCUGCCAAUCAUUCCGCUCGAGCACGGGUUGCUGAACGUCUCUCAUGGCAGGGGUCGUCUGCUUUUUCGUCCGGGACUUUGUUGCUUGGCUUCUUGGUUCGUUCGCAGCACACCACCCGCUUCCUUCAGCCCCCAUCUGGAGGUACCUAGGAGCCCAAGCUACCUUAACCUACUUAAGGUGAGGAGUUAG